CAAUAGCCUCCAUGAAGCCAGAACCGCCAUGGCUCCUAUCGAAUGGUAAUCCGAGUCUUCAGCUACUGAAAAUGUUAAGUUAGACUCCAGCUGCUGAAGAUGUUAUCAUAAGUCGGCUUCCUUUCUGGCACUGUUUCCCUGAAUUGCGCGAUUUAGCUUAGCUCAGCUGCCUUACCUUGAAACCAGGAUCGCCUUGGCUCCCAUCGAAUUGCUGUCUCAAAUCGGUCCUCAGCUACCAAAUAUGUUAUCAUAAGUUAGUCUUUCUGAACAAUGUUAUCGUAAGCUAGUCUUCAACUUUUAUUGUCAGCACGUGAUUUCGAAUAAGCGAUGUACGCACCGUUUCUAGCGACCAGGGGUCUCUUUCCGAUGAUCGACCGAGUAGUACAUACAGGGAUUAGUCGCACGUUUGCGAUUCGAACGGCGAUCGGUCGCGGCGUCGAUUUGUCUCACGCCUAUCCAUCUGACGGCGAAUGGUCGCACGCCGAUCAGUCUCACGGCAAUCAGUCGCACGGCGAUCCGUCGCACGGCGGUUUGUCGCUCUGUAGUUUGUCUCCCACCGCCUCACAGCGAUCUGCCGAACGACGAUGCGUCGCUCCACGCGCGAUUCGUCUCACGACGGUCUCGCGCGUCAAUCGGUCGCCAUUUCUCUCGGUUAUUCUUCUCAAGCCUACCGAUCUCAUGGCGGUCUGCCUCACAGAGAUCAAUCGCACGGAUCAAUCAAUCUGACAGCGUGCCGUUGCACAUCGAUCUGUCGCACGGCAUUCAAUCCCACGGAUCCGGCGGCGAUCAGUCACACAUCCAUUAGUAGAUCGGCAAUCAGUAGCACGGCAUCGGUCGCACAGGAAUCAGUCGCAUGGCUCUAGUCGCACGGCGAUCGGUCGCACGGCGAUCAGUACCAGGGCAACGCGACGAGCGACUGGCGGCGAGCAGCGAGCGACAGUAUACAGCGACUGGCGGCAGCGAUGAGGUUCGAGCACCUAAACCCUCCUUCACACUCACACUCAUUCUCGCACUAAACACCCUCCUUCGCACACAUCCGUUGCUUGAUUAUCCCCUCUUUUGUUCCAGUGCUUGCUGUUAGCCUUGGACAGACUCCCUCCUUCCCUUGCUCCACAGCGACUGGACUGCACGCAGCAGAGCGACCGAGGGGCGUCACUGCUGCAGUGGCACUUGGAGCACACGAGAAGCAGCCAUCUGGCGGCACUGGCAGCACUGUCAGCAGCGCUAGCAGCAGCACUGGCGGCAGCACUGGCGGGAGCAGCACUGGCAGCAGAAAAGCCAGCAGCACUCGCUUGCGUCUCCGUGAUUCUUCUGACACAUUGCCGUCGCCUUAAGAUAAGUAGCCGGCCCAUUUCACCCCUUAUGCAUUGAGCUGCGUGCGUAGGGUCUUGUCUAGGUUGCGGGUUAGACUAAAAUCAAUUUCCUAGCUGCUGUGUGCUCGCGUCGCGUCGCUGUCUGUUGCUGUGCUUCACUCUCGCACGUGUGCCAUAGGCGGAGCCCCACCCCUCCCCUCUUCCUCCCCAUUCUCAUCCGCCACCAGGGCAGCACUUGGACGGCAGGGAUGCAUUGCAGGGGAGCAAGGAAAGGAUGGAAAGGCGGAAUUUCACCGAGUGACCCCCCGUGCUGCUGCUCGUGCCGUUUCUGCCCACACGCACACACACUCCCAACUGUCUGCUCCUUCCUUCCCUCUGUGUUGCAGGAGCCAUGGCGCCUCCCUUGGUGGCAGCAGCAGCGUUUGAAGUGCAGCAGUGGAAGCAUGGCCACGGGCAGGAGUACCAAGCGCACCAGCAGCAGCAGCAGCAGCACUAGCAGAAUUGGCAGCAGACGCUUCCUGCUGAAAUAAGACCCACAAGGGAGUAGCUGGUGCUUCUUCGAAGCUCACAAGGGACGACGUCAGCUGUUGUCACCAAGGCCUGGGAGCAAAGGCCAGCUGCCCUCACAUGCGCUGUGCAGGAACAAGCUGGAAUCCAGACCCUUCACUGCGCGUUCCACACAAUGAUCUGCUGCAGAUAUCCCUGCGAGCAAGAACUUGCUCCAAUUCUUGGUUACUACAGGAUGAGAUGAGAUGCUGUUGCUGACGAAACUUGCAGUCUGGCACAAACUGAUUAGACGUGGAGACAUGCUUUGAGCCCCUUCAUGAAAUGUGCGAUGCCAUUACUGCAUUCGUUGGAGGAAAUAAUGUGGAGCUUCUGUUGGGCUGAAAACAUUCAUUCAGAGUGGCUUCUAUGGGUAUGUUGCAAUGAAUAUGUGAAGCCACA